AUGCAUCUGGCUGUUAUCACUUUGACUCCUGCUCAGUUGCGAGCGGGAGACGCAAACCCUGAGUGCCUUCUUCCGGCAGCUCAGUUACCUUUAAAGCCGAGGUGCUGCAUCUGCCUAGAGGACUUCGCCGAGGAGCAGCAGCUCCGCAUCUUGCCAUGUUUUCACAGGUACCAUCAGGACUGCAUUGACGAGUGGCUGGGUCGUAGCGACGAGUGCCCAUUGUGCAAGUUCCGCAUCACCACGGACGAGACUUGGACUUGCAGGCUAGAGAGGUUCCAGAGAGGUUCCAGUUCAAUCCAGGAAGCUAGCAGCAUCGCUGCAUCACCCAUUUUGCAAUGCGCGAGCAGCCUGCGAUGCCCCACUCAAGCAAGUAUGUCUGAGGAUGUUGGAAAUGUGCAUUGUCAGGCACGUUUGUUCUACCAUCCAGCGCAUGUCAACGCAGUGACGAUUUCUCAGGACACAUCCUUCCUGGAUUCCGUGGAAGUGUCGUCUCAUGGCUCAGCCACGCCAGGGCUUGCCACCAUCGACAGCGGGAGCGAGGAAACCGAUGAAUCUGCAAGCCGGCGGCAGAAAUUCUGA